UUUUAGUUUUUUCCGUGCCAACCAUAGACCUAUAAAGUAUCUUUAUAGGUCCAUGGUGCCAACUGAUAACAUUAAUUUUUGUCAUGUCAACUUUAUCAGCUAUUGAUUGCAUGAAGAUAGAUAAUAUUAUCAUAAUAUUAUAAUCUAUAGGUCGAGUCAUUAAUUGUUUUGCCGGAAUGGCGCCAUUUCAAAACCGGCAAAAUAGUCUGAAAUGCAAUAGUCUAAUGAAAAUAAUGUCAAUCUGGAUAAUUUGUAUACUGUUGGUGUUAAUUCGAUUUUCAACAGCCAUAAUAAAUACAGAAGCCGGUGUUCAAAAAUUACCUACUGUGUUCGUGGCCAUUCUUGUUAGAAACAAAGCGCAUACCUUACCUUACUUUUUGAGUGCUUUCGAAUCGCUUGACUAUCCAAAAGAUCGUAUUCACCUGUGGAUUAGAAGUGAUCAUAACUCAGACACUUCUCCUCAGGUAUUAAACGAAUGGAUAUCCACUUCGGGAACUGCAUAUCAUUCCAUCGACAUUAAGAUAAAUAAAGAGUCAUCUCAGUAUGACGAAGAAAUUGGUCCGGCACAUUGGCCAAAUUCUAGAUUUCAGCAUAUUAUCGAGCUAAAAGAAACGGCAAUCAAUUCAGCUCGUAACUUCUGGGCUGAUUACAUCUGGUUUUUGGAUUGUGAUGUUUUUAUGAUUAAUCGCUUAACACUAAAAUUAUUAAUUAAAAAAAAUUAUCCUGUCGUUGCUCCAAUGCUCAAGUCUGAUGGUCUUUAUUCAAAUUUUUGGUGUGGCAUGACUGAUAAUUAUUACUAUAAAAGAACCCCGGAUUAUGCUCCCAUCAUUGAACGAAAAUCUCGAGGAUGUUUUCACGUUCCGAUGGUUCACAGUUCAGUUUUAAUAGAUUUAAGGUUUCAGAUCACUAACCAUUUAACAUUUGAUCAAAAUUUACUACUAAAUUAUACGGGUCCGUUGGACGAUAUUAUUACAUUUGCUAUAUCUGCAAAUUUUUCUGGCAUUCCAUUUUACGUUUGUAAUGAUGAAUUUUAUGGUUAUAUAACAAUACCACUUGAAAAAGACAGCUCUAUAGACUUGGAUAAAACUCAGCUAACAAAUAUUAAGUUAGAAAUUACUGUUGAAAGCGAUCCACUUGAAGUAUCCAGUAAUCUAUCCAGUGCCAAUUUGCUAACUAUGCCUAUAGAUAAUAUUGGGUUAGAUAAAAUUUAUGUUAUUAACUUGGCUCGACGGACAGAGAGGAGAAAACGUAUGCGUUAUUGUCUUAACGAACUUGGAUUGAAUGCGACAUUUGUUGAGGCAACUGAUGGAAAAGCUUUAUCCGACACAGAUUUGGAACAUAUGGGUGUGCGACUCAUGCCCGGCUACAAAGAUCCAUAUUACAAACGACCAAUUACUAAAGGAGAGAUCGGUUGUUUCAUGAGCCAUUACAGAAUCUGGGCUGCGAUCACCUCUGAGGGUUUGGACGAAGUGUUGAUCCUCGAAGAUGACGUGCGGUUCGAGCCGUAUUUCCGUUUCAAGUUGCAAGCUGUAUUGAACGACUUACGGCGUCUGAAAGUUCCCUGGGACUUAGUUUACAUAGGUCGGAAACCUCUAGAUGACAAAAGUGAGAUACGAAUGGAAAAUUCCGAACUUCUCGUCUGGCCAGGCUAUUCUUAUUGGACUUUGGGGUACUUGCUGAGCGGCCGAGGGGCGAAAAAAUUACUUAACGCCGACCCGUUGAAAAGGCUGUUGCCGGUCGAUGAAUUUCUCCCCAUCAUGUUUGACCAACAUCCGCAAAAAGAAUGGCUCGAACAGUUCGAAGAGAGGAACUUAGCAGCUCUGUCUGCUUAUCCAUUACUAAUUUAUCCCAUUCGGUACACGUCCGAAGAAGGAUAUGUUAGCGACACCGAAGACUCGGCAACAAUCACAACUGACAAUGACGACAAUUAUUACAAGCAAUCAAAAUAUAACGUCAAAGUAGAUUUAUGAUGAUUAAUAGAAUUUAACGCUUUAUCUUAACCAUUAUUAUAUUGUAGCAAUAUUAUAUUAUCAAAUAUUACAGCAUAUUGUCAAUUGCUAUACUAUCAUAUUUUUAUUUAUCGUUAAACGCUGAAUACUCGUUUAGUAUUCUUUAUAACCAUGACGUUUAGCCAUAUUAGUUUUUUAGAAUAAAUAAGCGAUCAAAUUUACUUUAUCAAACGAUGCCAUUUAAUAUGUAACCUUAGAGAAUCUCAAUAAUAUUAUUUUUUGUUUUGACAACAUUGUGGUGUAUUUAUCGACACCUAUUUAUUAUUUAUUUAUAUUAUUAUAAACUAGUACGAGUCGUUAUACAUUUAAUAUACUUUUAUAUUUUUAUCACCAUAUAUUUUAUAGUUAAAAUUAUUUUAUUCCAACUGUUGUAUAACUUAUAAAUUUUUUAUUUUCAAUAUUGUAUACGUAAACAUAUUGUAUGAGUGACAAAGUUUUGAAUUUUAUUAGAGUUAACGCCUGUUUGGGUCAAUAUGGUUUAAGUUUCUGAUGUACGUACUAUUGGACUUCCUAACUUCUAAGUAGAACCAAUGUUGUGUAAAAACAAUGAUUUAUUUAUAGUCUUCAAAAAGUGAAACUAUGUUACCGAAAUGAAAAAUGUGUUCAUAUUUUGUUUAUUCGUAUAAUAUUUCAGCUAGUCUAGUUAUUGUCUACUACAACAAUAUUAUAUUUAUUAUCGUGCCAUGUUUAUUUAAUAUAUUUUAUGUACUGAA